AUGUCGAAAAAGUCCGUGAAAGGCGAGUACAUUGAGACCGAUACAGGAAACAAAGUCUCUCGACGUUCCCAGAUCAUCGGCACAACGAACAUCAUUCUCGGCGGAAAGACGGUGAUCCAGGCCGAAGUCAUCAUUCGUGGAGAUCUGCUGCGAACAUAUCCUACCAGUACUGCAGGCGAGAAGCAAGGGAACCCCGUUGCGGUUGCCAUUGGGAGGUACUGUUUCUUCAGUCGAGGAUGUGAGUUGAGACCGCCUGGGAAAUUGUAUAAGGGGCAAUUCUCCCACUAUCCCUUGAAGAUUACAGACCAUGUCUUCAUUGGCCCGGGCUCCAUUGUCGAAGCAGCACUCAUCGGUAGCCACGUCAACAUCGGCGCAAACUGCGUAGUCGGCAAGUUCGCUAUUAUUAAGGACUAUGUUAGGAUUCUAGAUGGGACGGUCGUACCGCCCAACAUGGUUAUACCUAGCUUUUCGAUCGUGGCUGGCCGGCCGGGGAGAGUUGUGGGUGAGAUCGCGGAGGGAGAGGUGGAUGGGAUGGACUUGAGGGAGGUUUAUAGGGCGGUGGGCAACCACUGA